AUUGCAUUUUCAAUUAGACUCUGAGUGAAUCCCUGGCAUGUGCAGAAGCAAAACUGGUACACAAUUAGCUCAUUGUUGCUUUAGCUUUGUGCGGAGAGGAUCUAAAGGACUGAAGAAAAAAAAAAGGAGCCAGUUACAAGAACUGCUAUUGAUGUGGAAUAAGGGAGUUGCUUAUUUCAUGCAGCAGCACUUGAUAACGGAGAAACUACAGCUAUCAUCAAAUAGCACAGAGAGUCACUUUAAAGGCGUGUGCCAGAGGCAAAACACUUGGACUUCUUGGCUAAUUGGGGGGGUGUCAUAUUUUUUUUCAACCACCAUCGGUGCAAUAUGGAACCCAACAGUCCCAAAAAGAUACAAUUUGCAGUCCCAUUGUUUCAAAGUCAGCUGGAUCCAGAAGCAUCAGAACAGAUCAGAAAAAGAAGGCCCACACCAGCCUCACUGGUCAUAAUGAAUGAACAGCCACCACCAGAAAUAAAUGAUAAUAGGACAACCAGCACACAUGAAGAGAACGUUUCCCCAAAACAGAGGAAGCAAAGUGUCUACACAGCCCCGGCCAUGAAAGGCAGCAAUGAGCAGGCAAAACCUUUAAUUUCUAUUGAUGAUAGACAUCAGUCCACCAGCAUGCCGUAUGAGCAAACAGUAACAGAGAAUACCAAGCUGCUUGUGAAAACAAGACGGAAAGACACUCCGUAUCAUCUUGAUUUACCAUUCUUCCCAGGGGUUACACAGAUGAAAAAACAGAAGGAUUCUGCUUUUCGUGAAGAGGAGGAAGAAAAUAACGAGGAUGAAGAUGAGGAGUGUGACCAUUGAAUACGUGGCCAUUUUUUGUAUUGAAGUAUAAGAACUAUAAAAUGCUGAUCGUUUUGUCACCUUCAAAGUUCCAAAAGGCAUUUUAUCUCUCAGCUAUGUGUGGUGUUUUUUUUAAGCAAGAUCUCUUUGAUGAACUUUAGAACCUCAACGCACAACAUCAUUAUAAUCAGAAACAGAAUGAGAUUUCUGAAAUAUUGUCACAUCAUCGAUAUUUCAUGCAUUACUGGUUUAAUUGUACUCUUCUUAUUGCUAACUUGCUAAAUGGAUUUGAGAAGACAAUCAUGUAAAUAUUGCAAAUAUUAAAACUGCUAUAU